UCCUCGACUCUCAGUCGGGUGUGACGGUGCCAACGUCGAACAUGGCGGUGGAAGCUCACGUAGUUGUGACGGAAAACAUGAUAGUGAAUGAAGCGAUCAGGAAGAAACGAACUAACAAACUGCUGUUCUGGAGCGGGAAUUAUUGGCGAGCUAUACUCGGUGAAGUGGUUUCGACGGCUCUACUGAUGCUGCUCGGCUGCAUGACCUGUAUCCCAGUCGAAGGGCCCCUGCAGCCCCUGUACGCACCGAUCGGAUUUGGCCUAAUCGUGCUCUUCAACGUUCAGACCUUCGGCCACAUAUCUGGAGCUCACAUGAACCCCUGCGUCACCCUCGCUGCUGUGAUCUGGGGGAAAAUGAGCGUGCUUCUUGGAGUAGCGUAUUUAGCAGCCCAAUGCGUCGGUGCAUUCGUUGGAUACGGAGCACUGGUGGCGCUAUCCCCGAGUGACUUUCUGGGUAGAGGAAUAUGCGUCACCCAACCCCAUAUGAGCUACACGCCUCUUCAGGCGCUCGGUAUCGAAGCUCUUCUGACCGCUGCCUUAAUCUUUAUCACUUGUUCCAUUUGGGAUCCAGUGAAUGAAACCCACACUGAAGCUGUCUCUUUGAAGUUUGGGUUGACUGUUAUUGGUCUUUCGCUAGCUGGAGGUCCUCUCACUGGCGCGAGUAUGAAUCCAGCUCGUUCACUAGGGCCAGCAAUGUGGACUAAUACUUGGAAUGUCCUGUGGUUGUACUGGAUGGGACCACUGCUUGGCGCCACGUUUGCUGUAGUCGUCUACAAACAAAUAUGGCUAAAAUUAAAGGUCCAAGAGUUAAGAAGUCACGAAAUGGUGUUAAUGAACGAUGAACAGAUUGUGAUAUAGUUUUAAGGUAUUCAAUAUUUCUAGGUAUAAUAUAAUUUGUGUAAAAUAGAUAAGGUUUAAUCAUAAGCGUUAUGGUGAAUAUUGUUCGUGAUAAAAAGGAAGCUUUAAUUUUAUUUAUUCCAAAUGUUUUGUUUGUAAUCUUUUCGCCUCGAAUCUUCAUAAAAUAAUAAAAUGAUUUUCCUAGUGGUGCAGUC